UCUCCUCCCGCCCCAUCGCCUCGUUUCUCUUCGUAGCCGAUUAUUCUGUCGGAGACGCGCUCGCGAUCGAGCGUUUCUGGGGGGAUUCUGAACGCGCGCGAAAAACUGGAUUCGACCCGUCAUUUGAUAACGGCGGGAACCGAAGCGACGCGUUGGAAGUGAUCGCGACGCGUGCUAUUGGUGUCUGAGCCCAGCGCUGAUAGAAGAUAAUGCUCCUGGACCAGCUGAGAAACCAUCCCAGGAACACCGAUAAACCUCAGUACAGGAAUACACCGAACGAAUACAGACCUUCUCACUGACUGGAGCGGCUGGUUGUGUGUCUAAACCGGACGUACGUCUCAAUAUGCCAGCGUCGUGAAGACCGCAGGGGCCUACGGGGUGAGCAUCCACAUGCUACUGAGAGGAACAGAGACACGGGAGGAUGUCAACAGAGGCAGAACUUCAAGCAGAUGUCAAACUCGCUGUCAAGAAGGAGUCCAGAAGACGAGGUCGGGAUCGCAGCGAGCAGGCCCUGAUUCAGCGCUUCAGGGCCGAGGGCGUCAGUUACAAAGCCAAGCUGAUUGGGAUUGAUGACGUGACGGCCACGCGCGGAGACAAGCUGUGCCAGGACUCCAUGAUGAAGCUGAAGGGCAUCGCCGCUUCAGCGCGCUCAAAGGGGAGCCACAAGCAGAGGAUUUUCUUGACUGUGUCUUUUGGUGGAAUCAAGAUUUACGACGAGAGAUCAGGGGUCUUACAGCAUCACCACUCUGUACAUGAAAUCUCUUACAUUGCCAAAGACACAAGGGACCAUCGCGCCUUCGGAUACGUCUGCGGGAAAAAAGGCAACCACAAAUUUGUUGCGAUCAAGACCAGCCAUUCGGCAGAACCGGUCAUACUGGACCUGCGUGACCUUUUCACCCUCGUCUAUGACAUCAAACAGAGGGAGGAGUCUCAGAAAAAGGCUCAGAAAGACAAGCACUGUGAACAAGCCGUCUAUCAGACGAUUCUGGAGGAUGAGAUUGAUGAUCCGGUGUAUCAGUACAUUGUGUUUGAAGCUGGACACGAGCCCCUCCGUGGCCACCAAUCAGAGGAGAGCGUUUACCAGGUCCCCACAAGUCAGCAGAAAGACGGGAUCUAUGAUGUUCCAAAACACCAUCUUAUGACUAAUAUAAACCAGUUUGAUAUUUUCGGUGACAUGGCAACCCCCCCAGACAUCCUUUCUAUGCCAGCAUCGCCAGCUACCACACUGGAUCCUGGAAGGAGGAGACGUCAGCACCGUCCUGAACUCUUCACUCAUUUUAGCCCACCAGCUGUGCCCUCAGGCUAUAUGACCAUGGGUGCUAUCCAGGCUGCUCACUGGACCCAACAGUCGUUUGCUACCCAAGCCGCUCCAAUGGCAUUUGGUGUCCAGGGACCAUUGCAGGUGGCCCAGAUGCUCCCUGGAGGCCAGCCUGUGAUUUGGGGUCAGGCUAACCUCUUCCACUCUCCAGCCACUGGCCAGCAGCAAUGGGCGUUCGUACCAGCCCAGACAGUUGGCAUGGGGGCGCAUCCGAUUCCAGCCGCAGUGCUUCAGGGUCUGGUUCCCGUCACUGCCAUGCGCCCGCACUCCUGUGAACCUCCCGAGACUUCGUCAAACAUUGUGAGCCCUCAGCACUGUGUAGAAACUACCCUACGGGAAAGUGGGUCCAAGGACGCGCUAAACACGGACACACAGGAGGAAACAAUAGCUGUUCAAAUUUGCACAAGUGAACAUGAUGCUGCGCAGUCCUCUGGGAAACAGGAGAUGGACUGCUGUGGCGAGCUUGAUGUUUCACAGCUGAGAUUGACUUCAGAGUCAUCAGUAUCACCAUCCCCAACUGAUUCUUGUGCUACUCCUGGUCCGGAGCAGGAAACCAUGUCCCUAGCAGCUGCCCCCUCAAUAGAGCCAUUGCUUUUGACUACAAGAGAAAGCUUAGACAGUGUCCCAGAAGCUUUGGAGGCAUGUGCUCAAACUAUCAGCACUGAUGAGAUAUCACCAGAUUGUCAGAGAAACCCGCCAGACUCUUCACAGCUGGAUGUCCAAAGACAGAUGUCUUCUGGUGCUGUGGUGCUUUGUCGUUCAGAAGACAGGACCGCUGAGCAACCGCCUAAAGAUCCAGUGGACUGUUCACUGUCUGAAUGGUCUUCAUGGACACGCUGUGACCCCUGCCUUAAGAAGAGGUAUCGUUAUGCCACGCUGGUCCAGCCGUCUGAGUUCGGAGGAGAUCAGUGUCACGAUCAGGGCCGAGAGGAGGAAGCCUGCACGUCUCCGUCACGAUACUCCUGUCAGAAACCCGCUCCUCCGUGCCAGGGCUUUCUCUGCACCGUCUCAGGUCGCUGUGUGCUGGAGGCUCUGCGCUGUAACGGGGAUGAUGACUGUGGAGAUGGCUCUGAUGAACUGGGCUGCAACAAAGUGCACAAGGCCUGUAAUCAGCCGACCGAGGAGUAUUAUGGAAUCGAGAAUCUUGCCAAAGGAUUCAAUAUUUUGAACGGUCAACUGGAAGCAGCGGUGCUUGAUAACCGAUACUACGCUGGAAGCUGCUUGCCUCAUUUUGUUCAAGAUGUUCGCUACAGAAAGCCAUAUAAUACACAGCAGUACAUGAUAGAGACCAAGGGCUCUUAUGAUUUCACACUGGAGGUGUAUGAAUCUUACAAUGAAUACUUCAAGAGUGAAACAAAAGCAACUUUGUCCAAAACCAGCGUCUCAUUUGGAGUUUCUUUUCCUAAUACCUUUGAUUUAAGCUUUAAAUAUAAUGACCACAAGUACAAGAAGUUGGUGACCAAGAUGCGAAACUUUUCAGGGACGAAAAAGAAAUUUCUCCGCGCUCACUCUGAGCUUGAGGUAGUGCGCUAUGCUUUAAAGACAUCGGACCUGAUGUUACACCCCGAUUUCCAGUCCCGCUUGCAAGCCCUGCCACUGGAGUACACAUACGGUGAAUAUCGGCAGCUCUACAGCGACUACGGGACACACUUCAUCAGAGAGGCGACUCUCGGUGGAGAUUUUGAGUAUACUAUUGUCUUCAACAAUGAGACAUUAGAGAAAGAUGAUUACAAGCUUGAAGAGAUCAAGAAAUGUGUACAAGUUGGGCUUAAAGUUGGAGCCGUAAUCCAGGGGGUGUAUGUAGGUGUAGGAGGUUCAGCUGGUGGGUGUAAAGGCCUGCUGGACGAGCUUGGAGAUUCCAGUAAAGCGAGGGGAUUGGUUGAGGAUGUGUUUAUUGUGGUCAGAGGUGGUGACAGUGAAACAGUCUCACGUCUAGCUGCAAAACAGCUGCCAACUCCAGACGUCAUGCAGCUGUGGGGCGAUGCUGUGUUCUACAAUCCAGACUUCAUUCACAAGAAGAUAGAACCACUCUAUGAGUUGGUGCCGUCCCGUGACCCACAGGCUAACAUCCUGAAGAAAAACCUGAAGAGAGCUUUGUCAGAGUACCUGAAAGAAACCAGCUCCUGUCGCUGCUCGCCCUGUCUCAAUAACGGCAUGGCAAUGCUUAAAGGCAGAAGGUGUAUUUGUGUUUGCCCAGCUGGUUUCAGAGGAGUGAGCUGUGAGAUAACCAAACGAAAAGCAUUGGCAGUAGAUGGCAGUUGGAGCUGUUGGUCUUCAUGGUCCACCUGCUCACAAAAGUCCCAAAAACGCACUCGUCAGUGUAACAAUCCAGCACCGCAGAACGGCGGAGUAACAUGCCCUGGGAAAGAAGAGGAAUUAGCUGAUUGCAUCUAAAAUAUCUGACAUUUCACAAAUAACAGUAAUGACACAGCAAGCAAUAGCUUUAUUCUGAAAUGUAUAAUGCUUACUGCCAAAUAUGGACAUGAGCUAUUUUCUUUAACCAGGGCUGUAAUAAAAAUAAAUAAUAAUAAUUGAUGGAAAAAUGUUGAAUGUAUAGAAAAUGCUUUCGUAAUAUCAUUAUAUACAAGUAUUUCCUGGCCGAAUUACACCUCAAAGCCAAAAUAAAUGAUAUAAGAAAUUA